GGGAGGGACGGUUUCCUCCCCGGUGUUGUCGAGCUGGGAGCGGUGUGCUGCUUACAGUCAGGUCUAGCUUAGCUUAGCUUUCACUCAGAAAGUCAACAAGUCGCUGCUAGUUUACACCGAGCAGCUGAGGUGAAAUUGCAGCUCGCUGAAAGAGAGAAGAAAGGAAGGGAAAACAGCUGCUGGGAUAAGAGACUCAGAGACUUUUACUCCAAUGGAUUAUUUGAGUUUUCUUCGUCUUCUUUCAGCCCUUUUGACAUUAGAGCUGUUAUCGCUUUCUAACGGUGCAGAGACCAACAUAUUUUCACAAACUGACUGUCAGCCUGAAAACAACAAAACCUGCAAAGUCGGUAACGUCAGAUCCCCGGUAAAUGUAUCUUCCACUCUUAACGUCACUCUGCAAAACAACAACGGGACAGAGUUCAGCUGUGAGGCUCAGGGAUUAAACUGUCCUCCAAAGAUAACGUCCAGCUGUGUAAACGGCACUAUAAGAUCAGAUAAACCCACCAUUAAUAUCACAAAGCUUCCAAGUAAAAUCCCUCUGUUCAGAGGGUAUCCUGAGGAGCUUGUAUGUGAAGCUGAUGGCUGCCCAUUUCCAAAGAUCCAGUGGUACUACGACUCAGAUAAAGAGCCUCUUGUGAAUGUGUCUGAAGGAAAGCUCACUGUGUCUAAGCCUGGCAUCUACACCUGCAAUGCUUCCAAUGAUGCUGGUCACACACCACAUGUGGUUAAAGUUAUUUUAACAGAGGACUACCUACCCCUCAUUGCUGGCUUUGUAGCUGUCACAGUGGUAGCCAUCUCCAUCAUCUUCAUCUUCAUCUACUCAAUCUACUACAAGAACACCAAGAUGCGGAACUACAGCCUUAAAAACCCCAAGUUCAGCAUGUACAAUGGGAAUGUAGCUCACAGCAAUGGCGACCUGCAGUUCCCCAUGGCCAGACUGUCGAAGCAAUACAUCUGUGAAUAGCACAGAAUAGACAGGUUAGCACUCUGAAUGGGCUGCAUCUCUCUGCCACCAGCGUUAACAGUGUUAAGUCUGAAUACUGCUCAGACAGGUCAAAAUCUGUUCCUCCAAACAUCACACACCUUGUUACUCUUACAUCAUUUUUUUCCCAUGCAUUAUAAUCAGAGGUGUAUUGCUGUUUGCUUAAGUAGUCUCCUCCUUGGGUGUGUCUUCUCUCUUUUUCAUACUGUCCUGUGGGAUAGUUGCCUGCUCUCUGAACCUUGAAUUCUGCCACUUUUCACACAGAUAAUGUCAGAAUUAUAGAUAUAUCUGACAGCUUAAGGAUUGCAGGAUUCAUCCAGAGGAUGGCUGCAUUAUGUCAAACAUUUCCUCCAUAUUAACCUUAAAUCUGUGUUACAGCUGACCCGUGUGGAGUGCAAAAGAACAAAAAAUAUUAUCUACCAUCAGAUCCUGACUCAUGAAGUUACACAGUAUCUGCGUCACAUGCCACAGGCCAUGUAGUGCUAGGUAUUUAUUACCGAGUAUUAUUUACUGUAAGAGUCAGACAUUAAGAUGAUUCAGAUCUUUCAGAGUACCAUUCAUUUUUGCAUUUUGGCAAAUUUUUAAUGUUAUGUAUUACAGAUCUGAGAGAAGAAGAAAAACAAACUAUCAAAGCAAUUUGUGUUGCAGAGCUGUACGACUGCACUCGUGUUUAUUAUGGAACAGUUUCUCUAAUUUCACUGAAAAUCUUAAAUGCUUCAAAUCCAACGUCUCCCUUAUUUAAAAAAAUCUUGAUUGCUUGCCUUCAUCUUAUAUUGUGGCUACUCAUCAGGCUCUGAAAGGGAAACUCAUUUAAUACAUAUUUAAUGACGUUAGCUGCAAAAAUCAACACGUCUACAAGCUAGACGUAGCAAUGCUCAACACUACUGCAAAAUCUUUUUUUUGUUGUUUAAAAAGUUGUUGGGAUUUAAGAAGAAGCACGGUGUCUGUUUUGCAGCCGAAAGGCCCGGACACAGCAGGUAUUUUGGUGGCUGACCUAAUUGCAUACGUAUUUGUAGGAAUUUCCUUUUUACGGCAUGAAAUUUUGGGAGCAGAAUACUUAAGCUGUAUGCCACAACCUUUAGUAAAUCCUGUUUCUGUGAUUUGCUUAAUGCAAUUUGUGAUAAUAGGAGUGCUUUAUGUUGAAAUGCCCAUUCAGCUGUUAAAUUGAUUAUUAGCGUGUCUGAUUGUGCAAGCUGUUACCAAAUCUGGCCCUAGAUAUCGUGAUCACAGCUUUGGCCACUCAUUUUGUCAUCAUUAACUUCCAUAAAAUACUCCUAAUGUGACAACUGAUUAAACUAAAAGCAUAUUUUAUUUCCUCUAUUGGGAAAAAUAGAAGUGUCAGGGUGUUGCUCAGGACUACACCUCUGAUUAUAAUAGCAUUUUAUUUUUAAUGAAUACUGGGUGCAAUCACAAAGUUCAUGAUUCUACCUAUUUUUUUUUUAAAAAUACGUGAAACCUCUGUUCUCACCACUCCACUCAUGCAGCUGUAAUUUCACUGUGAAUCCUGAACAUGAGCAAACAUCAGCUUCACUGACAAACUGACCUGACUUCAUGUCCACAGUUAUCACUGGUGAUAAGACCUAUGGCUCAAGCAUAAGCCCAAAGGCUGGCCUAAGGCAAGGACUGCAUGGAGUUGUCAUGGCAAAUUUGUCACCACACAACACUUUGAAUGCAAUCUGCAUUUACCAAACAACCCACAUCAUUUGUCUCUCUGGACCUCCUGUCAUCCCGUGAUGGCUAAAAAUAUCAGCCUCACUGGAAGCAGUUCAGUGCUGCAAGGAAACAACCAGUGAGAGGAUCAGAGAAAUUUAAUUUAAGUUUUUUUUUUGUGUGUGUCUUUAUUUUUUAACCCCUCAGCCUAAAAAAGGUUGAUGGGGUGGUGUCGUCCACCCGCUGGACAGGCAACUUUCAACUUUUGGACAGGAGACCUCAAGACCGAUGUUGCCUGGGAUGUUUAAAUUCAUACCGUAGAUGCAUCUACUAAAAAUCUAGUUCAUACAAUAAUACCAAUCACAGAAAGUGACAGUAUUCUCACUGUUUCUAUUUAUUAUGAUUUUAGCAUUUCUUAUAUUUGAUUCUUAUUUAGCCAUUUGCUUUUGAAUUGAUGUGGUGAAUAAAGUCACCAAGGCUCUUAUGCACCACAUUAAAAUGUACUGAGACCUGUAAUUAUGGUGUUCUAGAACUUGUGCUUCCAGGGGAUUUAUGCCAACUAAAGAGUCUGUUGGCACUGGUGGCCACCAGUAUUUUGUUUUGUUUGUUUUGUGUAACUUUGUGAUUGCACCUGAUGUCGUUACACAAAUGAGCAAUCUUGGCUUGAGAUGUAUAAGUACGUCUGUACUACUGGAUUCGUGCCAGUUUUCACUGGAUAGGAAGAAGUGAAGGAGCUCUCAAUUUGGCUCUGACUCGAAGGAUGUUUCUAUUUUAAUGAGCACAAAGGCGUUUGAUUUGUUUUGUUUUGUGUGUGCGUUUGUGAGUGUGUGUGGUUUUCUUUUUUGUUUUUUUGUCAUCUUUGCUUUACAAAAAUCUUUUUGUUUUGUUUUUGUCUUCUUUACCUUUUAUGAAGGCUUCAGAUCAGAACCACGUUAUUUAUCGCGUCUUUUGGACAUUGUGAAUCUCAGACUGCUUUGCUUUAAGCUGUUAAACUCACAGAAAAUGUAAAACAUUUAUAAAUUGCACUUUCUUGUCACCUGUUAAGUUUGACACGGAGAUUGCCACCUAUGUAAAACAUCUCUGCAUGUCUCGGCAGUGUGCACGCUGAUCUUCAUGUAGUUUCAUUUUAACUUCUCUGUCAGAGCCAUACAUUUUGAAAUUUAAAUCAAAAUGCUGUUGUGACUGUGACUGUGUUACAUCAUUAAAACGUGCAAAUAUGUUUUAGUUAUGUACCAUCUCUGUGUGAAAUUUGACAGGUGAGGACCGCCAAGCUUUGCAGUAUUUUAGACAUUAAGUACGUGCAUCCCAUGUAUUGAGCCAACUGUUGUUUCAGUCACUUCCUGUAAGCCGCUGUGCACUCCUUUCUACAUAUGUAGCCUUUUCUGUGCCUGGCUCUUUUUAAUGCCAUACUGUGUCAAGCUCUGGCCUUAUGGGACAAAUUUCUUGUUCCCCAGAUGAGUGACUGAAGGCACCAUAGCCCAGUGUCUAAAUGAACUGUAUAUUCAGGGUAAUAUUUGAUGCAAAACUUUAUAUUUAUUUAUGAGAAAAGUUAAAUGUUGAAUAAAUUAGUGUUGAAAAUGGACUGCACACAGAUAUUUUGGCACUGCAAAUUUUUUUGAAGGGUUAAUGGAUUUCAAGUCCUUCGUGUGAAGGGUGAGGAGGACUUUAUAGCACAUUUGUAUAUACAGCUGUAAAUAUUUGUGACUGGGGCAAAUGUGUAUUUUAUUAAUAAAAAUGUGGCU